CUCAUUCCCACUCCACCCGCCUCGACCCUCCUCAUCUCUCUCUCUCUCUCUCUAUCUCACGCGCGCCCCCGCUCUUCCCAUUCGUUCUCCUUCUCCUCUCGGUAUGGAGGUUGCGUUCUCCGCCAAGCCCCACACCCCCAUCUUCUACGUUCCCCUCCCCUUCCCCCACUCGAUCUCCAACCGGCUGGAGUUUCUUAGACGUGGCAGCCAUUCUCGGCCUUCCUCCGGCCUCCGACCCCUCAAGAGGAGCAAGAAAUCAGAGUUAAAGAUCCAUCCCUCCAGAUGCCUCUACGAUGAUUUUUCAUACGAAGAAUCCGUUAUUGCAGUUGCCGCAGUGGCCGCGGCUUUCACUGCUUUCCAGUUAAUGCACACGAAGAAGAGGAGCGAAUCCCUUCACUUUUCAGGUCUAAAAGUUUGUGAUACUUUCUUCUUCAAACCCUGCAAGGAUGAUGCUGCUAUUAGGAGAAAAGCAGAUGCUUCAAGAGAGUUUAUAAUCAGUCGACAUAAUCAAUUUGUAUAUGAGGGAAAAAAUAAAACUUUUGAGAUGCCUCAGGAAUUUCAUCUAGAGAAAGGUAUGCACUCCACUAUUUCAGACAGGAAGCAGCAUAAUGCUGUCAAAAAAGGUAUUGGUCCUUGUCACACUGUAUCCACCAGCUGUAAUAAUUCCUUCCCUUCUGGUGUUAAUUGCCAAGAAACUUCUGUUUGUGGCAAAGAGGAAGAGCUUGACUUAAGAUCAAUAUCACGCUUUAGAAGCUUGAUUGCAGAGCCACUUCAAUUUAUUCUUCUCCCUAACAAUAGUUUACAUGGUCAGUCUUCACAUGACCUGAAGGUUCAGAAUGUCCUUGCAAAAAGCUAUUAUUUUACAGACAAUACAAAAAUACAAUCACCUCGUGCACGCUUUAAGGAUGCUUCAGAAAGAGAAGAAAAAGUACUGAACAAAAUGAAUGGACAUACUCAAGAUAUGACAAAAAAACUGAGGCGUGAAAGGAAUGAUUCACUCUUGUCUAGGUUCCCUCAGUUGAAUGGGAACUUAGAGAAAAGUACAAAUGGUUUUUCUCAAUGGUUAAGAACCUACAAUCAUCUCUUGAGAGCUGGCAGGCUCAAAGAAUGCAUUGACUUGUUGGAGAACACAGAAAGAAUGGGAUUGUUGGAUAUGAACAAGGUCCAUCAUAUGAGUUUUCUAAAUGCUUGUAAGAGUCAGAAGGCUGUUAAAGAAGCUUUUCAGUUUUGCAAGUUAAUCCAAAACCCGACGAUGAGCACUUUUAAUACGCUUUUAUCUGUCUGUGCUAACUCACAAGACUAUGAAGGAGCUGUCCAAGUUAUGCUUCUGAUCAAGGAGGCUGCACUUAAACCGGAUUGUAAACUUUACACUACACUGAUAUCAACCUGUGCGAAAAGUGGAAAAGUUGAUGCUAUGUUUGAAGUUUUCCAUGAAAUGGUAAAUUCUGGAAUAGAGCCUAAUGUCAACACAUAUGGGGCACUUAUUGAUGGUUGUGCAAGGGCAGGACAAGUGGCUAAAGCUUUUGGGGCCUAUGGGAUUAUGAGAUCUAAGAAAGUGCAGCCUGAUCGAGUUGUAUUUAAUGCCCUGAUAACUGCAUGUGGUGAGUCAGGAGCAGUUGAUCGUGCCUUUGAUGUUUUAUCAGAGAUGAGAGCUGAGCCCAAACCAAUAGAUCCUGAUCAUGUUACUAUUGGUGCUCUGAUCAAGGCAUGCACUAAAGCUGAUCAGGUUGAUCGAACUCGUGAAGUAUAUAAAAUGCUUCAAGAGUAUAACAUAACAGGCACUCCAGAAGUUUAUACUAUUGCUGUCAGAAGUUGUAGUCAGAUAGGUGAUUUGGAAUUUGGUCUUGGAAUUUAUGAUGAUAUGAAAAGAAAUGGUGUGAGACCUGAUGAGAUGUUCCUUAGCACUCUAAUUGAUGUUGCUGGGCAUGCGGGGAAGGUAGAUGCUGCCUUCAAAAUCUUGCAAGAUGCAAAGGCUGAUGGAAUAAAAGUUGGGACAAUGUCAUAUAGCUCUUUGAUGGGAGCUUGUUGCAAUGCUAAAAAUUGGAAUAAAGCUCUCGAAUUAUAUGAGGAAAUAAAGACAUUAAGAUUACUUCCAACAGUUUCUUUGCUAAAUGCUUUGAUCACAUCCUUAUGUGAUGCUGACCAAUUACUGAAAUGUGUUGAAGUUCUUGACAAAAUUAAAAAGAUGGGGGUACAACCAAAUGAAAUUACAUAUUCUGUGUUAAUAGUUGCAUGUGAAAGAAAUGGUGAAGCAGAAUUGGCAUUUACACUCUUUGGAGAAGCUAAAAGGGAUUACAUUCUACCAAAUCUUAUCAUGUGCUGUUGUUUGACUGGAUUAUGCUUGUACAGUUUCAAGAAGGCUUAUUCACUUGGUGAACCCAUUGUGAAUUUCAACUCUGGUAGACCACAAAUUGAUAGCAAAUGGGCUUGGAUCAAGGUUGAAGGCUUCAACUCAAGUUCUUGGACUUCACUAGCAAUAAUGGUCUACCGUGAAACUAUUCAAGCUGGGGUUAUUCCUACAAUUGAAGUGUUUUCACAAGUGCUUGGAUGUCUGCAGUUUCCACGUGAUUGUUCACUAAGGAAUAAAUUUAUUGAGAACCUUGGAUCACAUUUUGAUGCAUCCAAAUUUGCAAAUGUGAGCACAUUGCUGGAUGGUUUUGGAGAAUAUGAUAUUCGUUCUUUUUCCAUACUCGAGGAGGCUACUUCAUUGGGUCUAAUUCCACGUGUAUCAAUGAAAGACAAUCCACUUAUUGUCGAUGCAAGGAAAUUGCAGAUACAUACUGUUGAGGUUUAUCUCUUGAUGAUUUUGAAAGGUUUGAAGCAUCGUCUUGCAGCUGGUGCAAGGCUUCCAAAUAUAACUAUUUUGUUACCUACAGAAAAAACCCAAAUAGAAAUUCUGAAAGAGGAGAGAUCCAUUCGCCUUGCUGGAAGGGUCGGACAGGCAGUUGGUUCGUUGUUGAGAAGAUUGGGCCUUCCCUAUCAAGGAGAUGAAUCAUAUGGCAAACUUAGAAUCAAUGGUCUUGCUUUGAGAAGGUGGUUUCAACCAAAGGUUACUUCUUCAUCUUUUCCAGGAAAACCUGCAGAUAUGAUUUCAACAACUGCACGCCUAGCAAAAGGGAUUGCUAAACAGCAGCGAGAUAUCAGGAUCAGCCAAAAUUUGUCGCUCGAAUAACCAUGCUCCACCUUUCGUGGUGUCUGCACUUAAAUUUGGGUUUGGCGAGAUGAAUUAGAAAAUCUUCCAGCCUGCAUUAUGAUCGCUGAUGCAAAAGUAAUGCUUUCAACUUGGUUAUUGUCAUUUCAGAGGUAGAACAAUACAAAGUGUAGUAUUGGUUGAACAGUCAAAAGUGUUGUCAGCUUCUGUUAUCUAUCUAUUAAGGCGAAGGUGUCAUUUGCCGAUUGAAAAAUGAAAGACACAUGAUUUAAGUCGUUUGUUCGACUUCCAUGCACAUCCAAGAGUUAUACGCUUGAGGCAUCAAAUUUGAAGCAUGAUGGAUUCAAAGAUGUUUAACAACAUGUUCGACAUAUUUACAGAGCUGGUGAUUUACAUGUUAGAGAGCAUUUGGGAUCGGGCUUUAAAUUCUUGUUGCCAAAGAAAUAAAGAUAAUUCUGCUAAAGGUUCUUGUUAUUGUUUAUCAAUGGCAAUGGGACAGUAAAAAGUUCGGUUGUCUUAUGUUAAUUGUAAGUCUCUGUAUUGUUGUGAAAGCACAAGUUAAAGUUGUGGUGCA